UGUUAUUGAAACCGAUGGCCCGGCUACCCCGUUUUUCCAAGAGCGGCCAUGAUCGAGGCGCCUCACGAAGGAUUUCCUUCGUUGAUAAGCUGUGGCAACCCAUACAUCCUGCGGUUGUUUACGUAUCGAUACGACUACGCUGAUUCAGAGGUCUCUGCAGUUUCGCAAUUCGUCGCAUACAUUCAUCCAUCAUAACAAUGGUUCCGAUUGCGGACCGACCACGGAGUCCGCAACAGUGACGUAAUGCGCAUGUAUUGUUCAUCGGAAAAUAUCUGAUUGGUGCCACCUGAGGGAAAACGCCAACCGUAAAUAACACCUAUACCGCCUCCGCUGAAAAAGGCAGCAGCCACAUUUUAACUUGGCAUGCUCUGAAGCACAACGUUGGACGGUGGUUCAGUGUGGUUGUUACUGGAAGUUGUCAAACAAGGCAUUUUGUGCGUUCGGACUGAGAAGUCAUGUCGAUGAACACGUUUCGCCUGGCCCUGCUCCAGCUCGCGGUGACAACCAACAAGGCGAAAAACCUGGAGAGAACAAGUAAGAUGAUCAGGGAGGCGGCUUCUGCGGGAGCGAAGAUGAUCUGCCUUCCAGAAUGUUUCAACUUCCCGUACGAUCCGAAGGUCUUUCGGAAGUAUGCCGAGGAUAUUCCCGGAAUGUCCAGCGAGAUAUUGUCAAGGUGCGCCAAAGAAAACCGGGUCUAUCUCGUCGGUGGCACGUUGUCAGAGCGUGACAAUGGCAAGUGCUACAACACCUGCUUGGUGUACGGACCGGACGGUUCGAUGCUGGCCAAGCAUCGCAAGGUUCACCUCUUCGACGUCAACAUCCCGGGCAAACUCAUCUUCAGUGAAUCAGACUUCUUAGCGCCGGGUGAUGGACUGACCACUUUCGACACCCCGUUCUGCAAAGUGGGUCUCGGCGUCUGCUACGAUAUUGGGUUCGCGCCCUUUGCUGAGGUGUACGCGCAACUUGGUUGCAAGUUGCUGGUGUUCCCGGGAGCCUUCAACAUGAUUACAGGUCCGCAACAUUGGGAACUGCUUUGGAGGUGUAGGGCGUUUGACAACCAGGUUUACGUGGCCUCGGUAUCACCCGCGAGGGAUGAAACAGCAAGCUACAUUACUUGGGGCCACAGCAUGUUUGUGGAUCCUUCAGGCAAGGUGGUCAAGUCAGCUGGGUUUGGUGAAGAGCUCAUUUUAGCUGAAUUAGACCUGGAUUAUCUGGCCUCGGCGAGGGACCAGAUGCCUAAGAUUAACCACAAGAGAACUGAUUUGUACAAAGUAGUGAGUUGUAAAGACGUGGGCUCUAACGUGGCGGCUUCGUAAAGACGGAUCUAGCCCACGGCGUCUGCAAGCCGCUUCUCUCUAGCAUUUGCCCUGCGUGACGAAUCCAAUGUAAGUAAUCUUGUGAUAAUCACAGAUUUUUGCUUUAAAGACAAAUUUCGGAUGUCAUGUACUCGUUUUUGUUCUGCCCGUGGUCAAAGGGUCAUGUCGUGAGAACAGACGUGUCUGAGAACACAUAUGUUCGUGUUUUAAAUAUUUUUUAGCUCAUUCGUAGUGCACAAUUUGCUGUCACACACCAAUAAAUUGACCGUAACACUUGA